AUGCAGGCUUUGCGAGUUCUGAUCGGUCUGCUUGUAUGCGGAGUGUUCGGAAAGGAUCUGCAGGAGUGCGAGGAUCUGGGAAAGGGUAGUCACCUUUGUCGGGAAAUAGAAAGCUUCGAGCAACUAAAUCGAUAUAUCGGGGAAAACUGGCAAAGCGUUAAGGUUGUAAAUGAGCACACGGGCAUCGAAAAUGCGGAGGAUGGGAAGUUGCCAGGCCUGUCCAAACUUUUACACUUGGAUUUAUCUGAAUCCGGUGGAGUGACUCUGGGCGACAGAGGAUUACAGGACUUUGAGGCUCUCCAAGAUCUGAAUCUUACCCAUUGUCAGUUAGAAGAGCUGCAGGCGCAGAACUUUCCCAACAACUCGCAAUUGAUCAGUCUGGAUGUGAGCUAUAAUGACAUACAGAUUAUCACUGGCAAACUGAUGAGUGGAUUGGCCAACUUGGAGUACGCCAACUUUUCCAACAAUUUAAUUGCCGAGAUAGAGCCCGAUGCCUUUAAGGAUCUGAAGAAACUGAGAUUCCUGGAUCUAACCACCAAUGAACAGGAGAAUGUGACUCUGGGCGAGAAUGCCAACCUGCGAUACCUGUCUAUAAGUAACAACAAUGUGAGGGAUUUCCAAUGGUGUCGCCUGCGAGGAUUACCCAAGUUGGAGGAACUGCACUUGCACAGCAAUUGGCUGGAGAACCUGGAAAUGGGUAUAUUUUAUGCCUUGCCGAAAUUGAGAGUCUUAAAUGUUUCCAACAAUAAUCUUUACGAGAUCAAGCGAACUCUUUUUUUGGGUCCAGGCGAAGAAGCACCUCUGGAUCUGCUUGAUUAUAGUUCAAAUAAUGUAAAAGUUCUAGAGGAUUUGGUAUUCUGCAAACUCAACAAGCUGAGAACCCUAAAUCUAUGGCUCAAUCAGAUCAACAGGAUCCAUCCGAGGGCUUUUAUUGGCCUGAGUUCCUUGGAAUCCCUUCAACUGCAGGGCAACAAAAUCUCGAUUCUUCCCGAGCAAGUGUUCGCCAAUCUCACGGCCUUGAAAAAAUUGGAUUUAAGUAGGAAUAAUAUCAAAAAGCUGGGUAUUAGUGUGUUUGGGAACACUAUUCUCCGUAAUCUGACAUACUUGGAUUUGAGCAACAACUAUAUUGCGGAGCUGCAUCCUUUGUCGCUUUCUUCACUGCCUUUUAUCAAGGAACUUAGAUUGAGGAGAAAUAAAUUAGUCAGCCUGGAUCUUCGCAUGUUUGCACCCCUGAGACGAUUACAGUUGCUGACGAUUGGUGAAAAUCGGCUGGAGGAGAUUGAGGCGGAGAUUCUAAAUACCUUUAAAGGCCUCACCCACCUGGAAAUAAACAACAAUCGUCUUACUUAUUUGCCGGACUUAAAGUCAUCGGAAGGUCUUCAGAAAUUGGGACACAUCAGUCUGGAGGGAAAUCCGUGGCAGUGUUUGUGUCUGGACGAGAUCACCACAUGGUUGCAUGGACAUCAGGUGGGCUACGCCCGACCAAGCAGUGCCUAUUUCAGUGGAAGGAAGCCCCUCUGCGUGGUGACGAACAUGGAAAAGUGCCUGCGGGUCCUCGAUGACGUGAGGGCACAAGGAAUCGUCGACAGCUACGAGAAAAUAUAG